CCGUAUUCAGCACGCUGGAUGUUUCUCUUGCUGGUAAGGCGGGUGCUGUUCAGAAACAAACAUAUAUAAAACACAAUGGCUGAACCUGAAGUUGUGACGGAGGUGCCUGCUGCACUGAAACGCCUGGCCAAGCAGGUAGUUCGUGGCUUCUACGGGAUCGAACACGCUCUGGCGCUGGAUAUCCUGAUUCGAAACCCCUGCGUCAAGGAAGAGGACAUGUUGGAACUUCUCAAAUUUGACAGAAAGCAGCUGCGCUCCGUGCUGAACACCUUGAAAGGGGACAAGUUCAUCAAGUGUCGGAUGAAGGUGGAGACCGCCGCCGAUGGGAAGACCACACGACACAACUAUUAUUUUAUCAACUAUCGACUCCUCGUGAACGUCGUCAAAUACAAGCUGGACCACAUGCGACGCCGCAUUGAAACCGACGAGAGGGAUUCCACCAACCGAGCCUCGUUCAAGUGUCCGUGCUGCUCCAAUACGUUCACCGAUCUCGAGGCCAACCAGCUGUUUGACCCAAUGACAGGAACCUUCCGGUGCACAUUUUGCCAGACAGAAGUAGAAGAAGAUGAGUCUGCCUUGCCAAAAAAGGACGCCAGGACCCUUGUCGCAAGGUUUAACGAGCAAAUUGAACCGAUUUACGCUCUCCUUCGAGAAACUGAAGACAUCAACCUGUCUUACGACUUACUGGAGCCCGAGCCCACCGAGAUUCCAGCACUCAAGCAGAGCAGGGAACGGGCCGCCGCUGCAGCAGGUGGCACGUUACCAGCAGGACCCCAUAAGGAGAACUGGGCGAGCAAGAGUUCCGUUUACGACGGCUUCUACACUCAAGACGUCAUCAUCAACAUGGGAGAGGAGGAUCAGAGGCAUUUAACCAAUGAUGGGAAAGCUCCAAAAGAGAGGCCUGUCUGGUUAACUGAGAGCACCGUACAGGGGGCUUACCGGGAGUCGGAAGACAUGAAGGACGGAGGCAUGGGAAUGGAGGGUCUGCACAACGCCGAAGAUGGAAAAGGCGCAUUGCAAGAUGAGAACGAGGAGGUGAUGCGCGCCCUCCUGAUUCACGAGAAGAGGAGUGCGGCUGCUGCUCCGGCGGCGGCGGGGACAGCGGCGGCUGUGACGGGUGGAGUGUCCCUCUUCAGCGCUAACCCCAGCGAUUCAGAAAGUGACACCAGCGAAUCCGAUGAAGAUUCUCCAGUGCGGCCAUCGGUGGUGCCUCAGUACCAGAGGAAUGAGGAGGAUGACGAUGAUGAUGACGAAUUCGAGGAAGUUGGCGAUGAGCCUACUGUCCUCGUGGCUGGCCAGCCGUAUUCGUAUAGCCAAGUAAGUCAAAGGCCCGAGCUCGUCAGCCAGAUGAGCCCCGAAGAAAAAGAAGCGUACAUCGAAAUGGGACAGAAGAUGUUCCAGGACAUUUACGACUGAGGUGGACGCGCGCCUCCUUUUAAAUGACCGUUUGUGGUGUUUUUAGAACUCCUUGGACUUUUACUGUUCCCC